AUGUCUAUUGAAUCUAAUGCCUCUGAGUUAAAAGCUGCCUUAAAGCAAUACCCAAAUUUCCCAUCUGAAGGUAUUUUAUUUGAAGAUUUCCUACCAAUUUUUUCACAACCACAGUUAUUUCAAAAGCUUAUCGAUUCUUUUAAGACCCAUUUAGAGACUACUUAUGGUGUAGGUAAAAUCGAUUACAUUGUUGGUCUAGAAUCUAGAGGCUUCCUUUUCGGUCCAGCCUUGGCGUUGGCUAUGAAUGUUGGUUUUGUUCCAGUUAGAAAAGUUGGUAAAUUACCAGGUGACUGUGUGCAAGCUACUUAUGAAAAGGAAUACGGCAGUGAUACUUUUGAAAUGCAGAAGAAUUCUGUUAGGGAGGGUUCUAAUGUUGUGAUAGUUGAUGAUAUUAUUGCAACUGGUGGUUCUGCCAAGGCUGCUGGUGAAUUGGUUCAAAAAGUUGGUGCUACUGUUUUAGAGUAUGAUUUUGUUAUGGAAUUAGAUUUCUUAAAGGGUAGAGACAAGUUAUGUGCUCCUGUGUUCACUUUAUUGAGUGGUCAAGAAGAAAAAUUGCAAAAUUAA